UCGGCCCCCGCAUAACAACCCCCCCGGGCGAAACCCAACACCCAGCCCAGCCCUCCUACACCCGAAUCCCCAGUCCCCACCCAUGAGCGAAUAACCCUGAUCCUCGCCGAGUCGCCGUCCGUCGGAAGACUCGGAACCUCGCUGUCGCCCCCCCACCCAGCCCAGCCCCCUUGCACCCGAAUCCCGAAUCCCACCCGAGAGAGCGAAUUGAAACCCUAAGUCCCUAACCCUCGCCCUCGCCGUCGGAACCAAUCGCUGUCGCCGUCGGCUUCUGAAUAGUCACCCACCCCACCGACACCGACAGGUGAGAUCCAUAGACCCGACACCGUCGCCCCUUCAUCCCUUCUCUCUGGAGCAAUCAUAUUCAGAGCACAGAGGGAGAGAAGAGAGACAGUAUCGAAGCUUCCGUCCGGUUCAAUUCCUUGAUCGAUUCAGACUUGAAGGUUAACAGACUUACGACCCAUGCUAUGUGCUACAGAAGACUAGCGGGUCAGGGCUAGCAACAUGGCUAUGGUUGAUGUGAUCAUAUCUUGCCUUGAUUCCAUCAGACAAAUAUCAUGGCACAUUGAAGGUGCUACUGUUUAUUUAGAUGGUGGAUGUACAGAGAGUUUCCAGUUUCUUGGGGCUUACCCUCUGUUACUGGAGCUUGGAGCACAUGCAGUAUGCAGCUUGGAGAACAUGUCUUCUCUUGAUAUGGUGGUUAAUUGGAGUGUGAGCUUCCAUUCUGCCAGAAAAGUUGUGGUCUUUACAUCACGGUUGCUAAGUGAUGCACAUCGAUAUAUUCUACGUUGCCUGAACACACAUCAAAAUGCCAACCAGUGUACUAUAUUCACGUCCAUUUCAGAGAUAGCUCACUCAGCUUAUCCCAAUUCUCCUCUAGGACCUGAUGCUUUUCAUGAAUAUAAAUCCUUGCUUAUCCAAGAUUAUGAGGAGCUCCUGAAAAGGUCUGAUGUAAAAUCUAGACAGUCGGGGGAAAGCACGUCCAAGGAAAAUUUGACCUCUGAAGACGAAGGAUGGUCACAGAUCACUACUAGUGAAGAAGACAUUUCCCCCCACAAAUCGGGUUCAGUUGCAAAAGAUUUAUAUGAAGAUGAAUCAAUUGGGCACGCCGAAGAUGUACGGAAAAAAUUGGUUGUUUCUGUGCAUCACUUCCCUUUGAUCUUGUGCCCUUUUUCACCUAGGGUCUUUGUCUUACCUUCAGAGGGAUCAGUUGGUGAAGCAUAUUUAUCAACUAAACAUGAGGACUCCCUUAGUCCAGGGUUGCCUCCCUUAAGUACCGGCUCACCUCCUGAUGGCGAGGAUGUUCCUCCUGGGGCUACUCUUACAGCACAAUUUCUUUAUCAUCUGGCUGCAAAGAUGGAUCUGAAAAUGGAAAUAUACUCUCUUGGCGAUUUAUCAAAAACCGUGGGGAAGCUUUUGACAGACAUGUCAAGCCUUUAUGAUGUAGGCCGUCGGAAACGAUCAGCAGGGCUGUUACUUAUUGACCGGACGCUUGAUCUUCUUACCCCAUGCUCUCAUGGGGAUUCACUUAUAGAUCGCAUGUUUUCAGUUUUGCCUCGUAGGCAACGGGCAACAUCAUCUUUCCAUACAAAAGGUUCACAAACUCAAUUGAAAGAUGGCCCUGCUGACCUGCAACGUGCUCCUCUGGAUGUUCAGAUACCAUUAGUGAAGUUUUUGGGGGAAGAAGACUCCACUUUGGAGAAUUUCCGUCUGUUGGAAAACACCGAAGCUUUUUUGCAUGGGUGGAAUUCAAGUGACACAUCUUUGCGAACUCUAGAGUUCCUUAGUCAUAGUACCAAACUCCAUGGUGAAAAGUCUUUUACUUAUGAGAGUAAACUGCUAAAUGGCUCCUUUGUGUCAGCAGAAAGCUUUCGGGGAACACCCUUCCUGGAAGCUAUGCUAGACAGAAGAACAAAAGAUGGUGCCAUACUGAUAAGGAAGUGGCUUCAAGAAACUUUUCGUCGGGAAAAUGUAAAUGUGAAUGUGAAAAUUCGUCCUGGUUCUGUGACAAAAUCUGAGUUGCAAUCUCUGAUUAAAGCACUGGCUAGAAGCCAGCCUUCUUUAAUAAGAAAUAAAGGAAUUAUUCAGCUAGCUGCAGCUACACUAUAUGCUCUUGAUGAAUUAUAUUCUGCCAAAUGGGAUGCAUUUAUCAGUGCUGAGAAAAUGUUAAAUGUUAGUGCUGGAGACACUAGCCAGAGCCUUGCUGCCCAAAUUAGUGAUCUUAUCAAUAAGAGUGCUUUAGUGGGAUCACAAGGAAAGAAUUCUGGGUUAACGGAGCCUUCAGAUGGGCUGAUUUCUUUUCAAGAUGCUUUGCUUCUCACUAUUUACGGAUAUAUAUUGGCUAGUGAGAACUUUCCAACUUCUGGCUUUAGUGGUCCUUUUUCUUGGCAAGAAGAGCAUUUCACGAAGGAAGCUAUUGUGGAUGCAGUUCUUGAGAACCCGAGAUUGGCACAACUGAAGUUUCUCCGUGGUCUAACAGAAGAGCUUCAAGCCAAUUUUAACAAGAAGAAAUUAGAUGUAGCAAAGGAAGAAUCUCCAAGCCAAUUACCAACUGGUGAUUUUGAAGAUGAUACAUGGGGCAGUUGGGGCGAUGAAGAUGCUGAUGAAAAUAUUAAGAAAGAGCAAGUGUACGGCGAUAUGCAGUUGAAGUUGGAGUUGCGUGAUAGGGUAGAUAACCUUUUCAAAUUUCUUCACAAAUUGUGUAGUUUGAAGGAAAGGAAUCUACCAUUGAGAGGAGGAGCAUUGGGCAUGGAGAAUAAUUUUAGUGGGGAUUCCUACUCUAGUAAAGGACUGAUUUAUAAGCUAUUGACAAGGGUAUUAGGAAAGCAUGAUAUACCUGGUUUGGAGUACCAUUCCUCUACUGUUGGACGAAUUUUUAAAAGUGGGUUUGGAAGGUUUGGUCUGGGACAGGCAAAACCAAGUCUUGCUGAUCAAAAUGUUAUUUUGGUUUUCGUAAUAGGGGGCAUCAAUGCUGUUGAGGUGCGUGAAGCUGAGGAGGCAUUAUCUGAAAGUGGGAGACCUGACAUAGAACUGGUUCUUGGGGGAACAACUCUUCUCACUCCUACUGACAUGUAUGAUCUACUUCUCGGAGAAUCUAGUUACUUUUGAAUCUCUUCUUUUUCUUCUUCUUCUUCUUCUUCUUCUUCUUAUAUUCAAAGAUUACCAAAUAUAGACAUUUCUUAUUUGUAAAUAAAUGGUCUCAUCUCAUGUGGUUGGAUCCCUUUUUUAAUUAUUUUCCAGCAAGAAAAGUAUGAAAUUUUAAAUUGCAAUACUUUUGUUCUCUCUUA